CGAAACAAAUAAGAGCAGGCGCCUUAUUAUAUGCGCAUAAUGCAUCCUUAAAUCAGCGAGUGUUUUGAUUCACUCUGAGGAAAGGAAAGUACUAGCGUUCAUUCGCUUUCCUCUGGCACGACGGUUCGUCACUUUUAAACAGAACGGUCGCCUGCGCUUCGCAUUACGAAAAUGAUCGCACGAGGAUGCGCUGCUCUCGUGGUGCUGGUGAAUUUUGUGUUCUCCGUACCUGUAUCUCCAGGUCACAUGGACGAUAAGGAUGUGAAGGUGAUGAAGUGUAUUGUGGAGGUAAUUGCAGAUGCCCUGUCCAAGCCUCAUCUCAUCCCAGUCUCCCAGGACUGCCUUGAAACCCUCAGCGCUGAUGACAGGCUUGUGAGCAUCCUGCGCCACCGCAACUUUCUCCGAGAGAUGCAAGAUAUCGCUGCAGAGGAUGACAGGCUUGUGAGCAUCCUGCGCCACCGCAACUUUCUCCGAGAGAUGCAAGAUAUCGCUGCAGAGGAUGAUCAGUCAAUGUUGGUUGCCUUGGAUAAACCAGAAGAAGAUGCAGAGAAGAGAGGAGCAGGAGAGGAGAGUUCCAGGGAGAGUGAGGAGACCGAGCAAGAGUCUAAAAAACGCAACCAGAUUGCUGAGGAAGAGGAGCUUGAAGAACAUGAGAGUCCUAGCAAUCACAUUUCCAACUCCAUAAACCCAGAGCAGAAGAGAGAAUCACAGGAGGAGGCCACAAAAAGGGAAGAGGAUAAACAAGAGGAGAAGAAACACUCCAGCUUGGAAAAGGAGAAGGAAAAUGAUCCGGCUCACCAUAAAGAUGGGGAAACAGCCACAGAUGAUCAUGAAGCAAAUCCUGACAUAAAACAAUCCAUCAUGGAGGACAGCGAGGAGCUCAAGGGAGCUGAAACAGAGAGAACACAUUCAAAAGAAGAGCUGGAAGAAGAGGAGGAGAAGAAAAGAGAAGUUGGAGUGAAGCGCUGGAGUCGUGUGAGCAAAUUGUCCCACAAGAGAGUAGAGGCAAGCCCAAAGUUGGAUGAGCACUGGGAUAAGGAGAGAGAAGGUCAAGAGGGGGAGCUGUGGAGGAGCCCUGAGGAGCAGGAGCUGCAGCUCAUGGCACAAACUCAACCACAGGACAAACGAGAUGAAGAGGGCAGCGGCAGCAGAAAGACAGGGGAUGCUGAGAUCGAAAGUCUGGCUGCCAUUGAGUCUGAACUGGAGAGUGUGGCUCAGAAGCUCCAUGAUCUGAGACGAGGCUGAGCUGCUCCAGCUCUUCUUCUCUUUCCACUUUUGCCCGUCAUCUCUCCUUCAGUAGAAAGGCAUGUUAACUGGAGAUGAGGCUCUCACCUUCUUGCUCAGUCCAUAGCAGUGCAAGCUCUUAUCUCAGCGCCGCAGAUUCUCUGCUUAUUCCCUCCAUGUGUAAAAUGAAACCUCAAAGCGACUUCUCUGGUGUCAGACAUUCAGAGGUCCCUUCACUUUUUUCUCCCAGCUCCUCCGCUUUGCUUUAUUGUGCUUGCUUCCUGAAGAAAUUUGGGCAUUGAGUACAUUUAAUGUAAAAUAUUUGCUACCCAGAAUUAUCACACUGGGUUGAAAUUUUAAUAUACGUAAGGAUAUAUAUCUGAUUGAUUGUACCUGAUAUUAUGGAGUCUUAUGAUCCAUAGGCAAUAAUGUUUUUAUUAGAUAUGGUGAUGACUAAUUAAAUGCUUUUUGGGUUUCAAGAAAACAAAUAAAGAUCAAAAAGAAGUGUUUCAAACUGAUUCCACAAAGUGUGAGUCUGAACUAAACCUCAAAGCGACCCAAAACUGAUGUCAAUACAGCAGACAAACAAUGUCAAAGAAUUCUCAGUGCUAAAGUUUGAUUUUAUUGUCCUUUUCAUUCUUUUGUUAUUUUAGAGGCUUUUUUCUGUCUCGAAAGAAAAAAUUACCAUAUUUAAAAACUAUACAUCAUGUACAAGUAUAACGUGAUGGAGAUAAAACAGACUAACAAACUUACAUUGACAAAUGUAUUACAUUUGCUAUUUUGACAAUCAUAU